AUGACCCGCGAAUUGUGGACGGUGUUGGCGGUGUGCGCGGCCCUCGACGACAAGAUGUUCGCCGGCGUGCCGGGCCACUGGGAGCGCAAGCUGCGCCUGGCCAUCCGCGCCUGGAAGAAGUCCGUGAAGGGCAGCACGCCGACCGAACAAAACCUCAAGAUCACCCUGGUGCUCAUGAGCCAUUCGGUGGUCAUCGUCGCGGAGGAGCAGCUGCGCAACGCGAGCCCAAACCACCACCACCACCACCAGCACCCUUCCCCGGCGGUUGCGGCUGCGUGGUGCAGGCGGAUUUUUGGG